GGCAACGGACAGACGCUCCUCACAAUGCACAGCAGAGACUCCUCCAUAGAGGCCAGUUAAGCAGGAGAUGCUGGAGGCUAAAGCUGCUGGACAGUGGACGAACUGACUGGACUGGACACAGGUCAGAGGACACGCAGGAAAUCAGAGUAGUGGUCAUCAGGAUUUAAGGAGAGUUAAAGCAGCCUUGGAGUAGCACUAGGCAUUGAGAGCUGGAGUCGGAGCAGUCUGUUCACUACGAGUCUACAGAAAGCCCAAUUACACAAAUAAGGGGACAUCACUUGGUGCUGUGUGGGUCUGGGGUAACUUUAUGUGUGUUAUACGCUGUGGAACACUGAGACGUAGAGAUGACUGGAGCCAUGCUGCCUGGGGUUCUGCUCUGUUGCAUAGUGGUGCUGUGUGAAUGUGAGCCAACACAGCCAGGGCCAGACAAAGGAGAGAUGGACACAGACGAGGGCAGUCUGGUCCAUCAAACAUCAGACUGGGUGUUCCAGCUGGUCAACGUAUCCCUGGACCUCUCCCAGGCAAGGAGCUUCUGCAGCGGCCAAUUCAGCUCCCUCACCACCUUGGGCCAGCCUGAAGACGAGGAGGGAACCCUGGAGCUCCAGAGGCAGGCAGGCCUGCAUGGACCCAUGUGGGUCAGGGACCCCAACAGACCAACCAGCAGGCCUCUGGCCCUCGCCAAACAGUACAUGCUCUUCCAAGCCCUGAACUUCCCCAGGGACUCUCAGGAGGGCUAUGGCCGUGUCAACAUGAUGUUUCCGGCCCUGCCAGCGGUGAGCGUGUGUGUCCGCGUGCAGUGGGACCCCCAGUGGGACCAGGUGUCCACCAUGUACUCCUACGCCGCACCUGUCUUCACCAAUGAGUUCCAGCUGCGCGGGCAGGUGGACAGAACAGGACGCAUUCUGCUGGCGCUCAUCGUCCACGGGCAGCACCGCCCCUACAAGGCUUCCUUCCCCAACGAUGGGGCCUGGCACCACCUCUGUGUUACCUGGCGCAAGACUGACGGCCACUGGGCCAUCUAUGUGGAUGGGGAGAGAGGGGCCAUGGGCUCCGGGACUGACACACCCAGGGAUAUACAUGGAGAUGGCAUACUUAUCCUGGGGCAGGACCAGGACUCAUUCGGAGGGAACUUCACUGAGCCCUUCGUAGGGAAUAUCACAGAUCUGAAUGUCUGGGACACAUCCUUGGAGCAGAGGCAGUUCCGUGCCCUGAGCGGCUGCUCGCCUUUGACCCAGCAAGCUAUCUUUACCUGGAGUAUUGAUAAUAUGACCCGUCACCCAGUGGUCAGGGAGGUGUCAGCCAUGCUGUUCUGCCCAGCGGUCCACAGGCAGAGGGAGAUGCAGGGCUGCAGGGCUCUAGAGGGCUGGUCUAGCCAACAGCUCCCCCUGUACAGCUCUGCAGACUGCUCCACCACACUGCCCUUCAUCUGCAGGACCAGCAGGGAGCGCUAUGUUAAGAUGAAGGAGUUGAGUGAGUUUCAGAACUCCCAUCCCAGUCCCUUCAUGAACCACCUCAUGCAGCUCUCCAAUGGAACACAGGGCAUGGAGGGUGUGAUGGGGGAGCAGCCAGGGGGCCAGAUGAGCUGGGGUCAGGUGUCCAGUCUGCUCAACAUGUCCAGGCAGGCCCUGGAGGAUACCAGGGAGGGGCUGCAGCCUGGGGACAUGCUGUCCCUGGUCCAGCUGCUGGCGCGGGCUGCAGACGUGCCCACAGACAUGGCCAAGGAGGGCAACCACAGCCGGGCCACCAACAGCGCUGGGGAGCUCAGCCACACCUUCAUCACUGUGGCUGACAGCAUCAUCAGCCAAGACAACGCCCCCAAGUGGCAGGCCAUCAAACAGGUGGUGAGUGGACCGAUGGCUGUGGUCAAGAGUAUUGACCGCAUGGUGACCAGUCUGAGCACUCGGCUGAUGGCAGAAACUGACCGUCUGCUCAUUCACAGCUCCAACAUCAAGCUGGAGGUCCAGCAGCAGAGUCUGGGAGAAGGAUCUAGCGGGUCUAAGUUCUGUGGUCCAGUGGUGGACAGCGACACCAACAUAGACUGCAUCUCAGUCCCCACGCAGAACAUUCAGGAUCUCCAUGACAACGGCUUCCAGAUGGUGACUGUGGUCAACACGUGGUACAGUUCCCUGCGGCCUCUCUUCAGCUCAGAGGAGAACAUCACCAUGUUUCCCAUCGUCACCGACGGCAUCCAGAGGUACCUGGGCACCAUCCUGGGCUCUUCUGUCAUCUCUACUACAGUCCUGGGUGACGGACAGCCUGUCAGUAUGGCUGUACGCUUCCAGCUCCAACACAGAGCUCAGAAUCCUGCAGGGACCGUGUAUGACCCCGUCUGUGCAUUCUGGGACUUUGAUCUGAUGCCAGAGGCUGGGGGGUGGUGGUCUACUAGAGGAUGUGAGGUCGUCUCUAAACAGUACGGCUCCACUGUUUGCUUCUGCAACCACACCACCAACUUUGCCCUGCUGAUGCAAGUCUAUGAAGUCCAGAGGAGUCCAGAGAAUAAAAGAGCCCUCCAGGUGAUGACGUUCAUCGGCUGUGGCGUGUCUCUGUGUGGCCUACUCUUCACCUUCAUCCUCUUCAUCGCUGUGGGAGUUCCUAAGUCUGACCGCACCACUGUCCAUAAGAACCUGAUCGUGGCUCUGGGGAUAGCUGAGCUGCUGCUUAUGUGCAGUGACUGGGCCUCUGCUAACAAGGGGGCGUGUCUGGUGGUGACGGCCUUGCUGCACUUUUUCUUCAUGGCCUCCUUCUCCUGGAUGCUGGUGGAGGGGCUGCUACUGUGGAGUAAGGUGGUGUCUGUCAACAUCAGCGAGGACCGCAGGAUGAAGAUGUACUACUCCAUAGGCUGGGGUCUGCCUGUUGUGAUUGUUGGUGUAACCUUGACAAUAUCCCUGGACAAGUACAAGGCAGACAAUCACUGCUGGCUCAAUGUGGAGACUGAUAUGAUUUGGGCUUUUGUGGGACCUGUUCUAUUUAUCUUGGCUGUCAAUGCAGUGGUGCUUUGCCGGGUAGUCAUAGUGACAGUGUCCAGCGCUCGUCGUCGAGCAAAGAUGCUCACUCCCAGUUCAGCAUCUAAACUCCAUACCUUCGACCUGACCUGGGCUGUGACGCGACCAACCCUUAUUCUACUGCCGGUGCUGGGUCUUACCUGGCUUUGUGGAGUCCUGGUGCACCUAUCCAUGGUGGUGGCAUAUGUCUUCAUCGCUCUCAAUGCUUUCCAGGGCCUGUACAUAUUCCUGGUGUAUGCGGUUUACAAUAGUGAGGUGAGGAAUGCCAUAAAGAGGAUCAAAGAGAAGAGGAAAGCCUUGUCUUUCACAAACUGUUCCCAGCCAAUCAGCUUCCUGCCGUCCCAGAGGGGUCAGGCACAGACGUGGGCCCACAGUCUGCCACCUCCUUCCAGCCCAGAGACCAGCGACAUCUCAGGCCCCGGCAGCUCAACCUCCACCUCACUGGUCAUCAAAAACGAGAGUUUUGGGAAAGAAAGUAGUUUCGUGAGCUUCUCCUUGAAACCAGCAUCAGGAAACCAGGUGGUUCAACUGACUGCUUUCAAGCCCUCAGGCUGCUGAUGGAAUGUAUGGACACAAAGGCACAUUUAUCAUAUAACCUGGUGGGAAGAAAGUGGAAUUGCACAGUGAAUACCACAAACAGAUACACACAAUAGAUGCAUCCACUCUCAUACAAAUACUGUAGAUAGUGUAAAUAGACACACACUCAAAUACUGCACAUAUAGAAUACACACACACACACAUACACAUACCCCCACAUACAGAAUGAAAGACUCAAAGACACACACACACACACACACACACACAGAGCGUGUGAAGCAGGAAGCGUUUUUUUAGGAGGACAGCUCCUCCUCCACGGUGUCCCAUUCCCAGGGUCAGGAAUCAUCUGCUGUUUAGGAAAUGGCCGUUCCAGAGAGGCAACACAACGUUUGUCGCGUGCAUACAGACUUCAGUUUUAUUCUCUGUUGUAGAGUGGCUGAUCACACCUUCAGUCAUUUUUUUACAAUUAUCUUUUUGUGUAUGUGUACUUUUUGUUUUUACAGACAUAACUAGACAGUAGGCGUUAAUGUUUUUACAGACAUAACUAGACAAUAGACUUUACUGUUUUUACAGACAUAACUAGACAGUAGACGUUACUGUUUUUACAGACAUAACUAGACAGUAGACGUUACUGUUUUUACAGACAUAACUAGACAGUAGACGUUACUGUUUUUACAGUAGACAUAACUAGACAGUAGACGUUACUGUUUUUACAGUAGACAUAACUAGAUAGUAGACGUUACUGUAAGCACUGUAACCUUUGAAUCUAGGAUUAAAGGGUUUUACUACUGUAAGAUAUUAUAUGACCAGACAACAAGAUUGUGUUGUCAGUGUGAAAACGUGGAUAGUAGGAUGACAGAUCCUCUCAUAGAUCAACAGCAUUAGAUAGUAGAGAUAUGCUGCUAACUUACUGUGCACUGUCUGGGCAGCUCAUAAAGAGACUUUAUGAAGCCUAUCACCUGUUGUCCACCUACAGUACUGUAUCACCAACCAACCACUAUGUGUAUUGGAGGCUGUGCUAGCUGCAGCUUGGCUGUCUCCCCAAGCCUUUCCUCCCUCCCCUGCCCUGGCCUACCCUACCUUACAACAAGCAGCAGCAAUCCUGGCAUCUCCCUAUCUCCACUACAGGAAGGUGCACUCUGAACUGAGACACAAUAUUUACUACAGCUCAAACGGUUGCAUGAAACUGUGUUUUGUCCCAAUACAAUAAUAUGCUGGGGCAAAAACACUGUACUUUGUCGUCUGAUGUAAUUGUAUUUGUAUACUGUUAUGAGAUGGGGGGAAGGUUAUUGUUAGGACAUAGACAAAUACACUACCACGCACUUCCACACCUCAUCCCCAGGGGGCAGCAGCAACGUGGUUCAAAUGCUCAGCCAGGAAGUCUUGUGUAGCCUUUUUAAGUGUUGAUUGGGCAGAGGUGCAAGGAAACGAGAUUGAGACAGCUUGCAGAGCCGUUAGUUUUUCUUGGUGUGCAAAGCUGUCAUCAAGGCAAAGGGUGGCUACUUUGAAGAAUCUCAAAUAUAAAAUAUAUUUUGAUUUGU